UUGAUUGAAAGAGCAAGUAUUCAAUCCCCUGUAAUUAACUGUCGAGGGAGGUAAUAUGGGAACCGAGAUGAUAGUACGAGUUAAGGAGGAGGAGGAGGAGGAGGACGCGUAUACUCUGGACUUAACAAAGGAUUUCGGAUUAGCUUUGUGUUCUUCGGUUUCUGAUGACAGUUGUGACACCAGCACCCCCAGUCCCAGAUUUCUAUCUGACCGUGGUCCUAGAAGUGGUAGUGCAUCUAAGCGUUUGUCGCAGGCAGGCUGGACAGAGGAAGAGGAUUAUCGGUUAGUUGAAGUAGUAAAAAAGUUCCAUGGAAGGAAUUGGAAGAAAAUAGCUGAACAUAUGUCUGGACGUACAGAUGUUCAAUGCCUGCAUCGCUGGCAGAAGGUUCUUAAUCCUGAACUUGUCAAAGGACCUUGGACAAAGGAGGAAGAUGAUUGCAUUAUCGAGUUAGUUCGUGAGUACGGCUAUAAAAGGUGGUCUCUUAUUGCGAAGUCUUUACCUGGUCGCAUUGGCAAGCAAUGCAGGGAAAGAUGGCAUAACCAUUUAGAUCCAACUGUAAAGAAGGAUGCGUGGACUGAAGAGGAGGAGUUUGUUUUUAGUCAUUACCACCAAAUAUAUGGGAACAAGUGGGCAGAAAUAGCAAGAUUUCUACCUGGAAGGACUGAUAAUGCUAUAAAAAAUCACUGGAAUUGCUCAGUGAAGAAGAAGUUGGAUUUGAAUUUACCUUGCUGCUCUUUGCUGGAUGGGCAGGAAACUAUUGCUCCUGAUUUCUACGGCCUUGAAAAAAAACCAGGGCUGACACAAGUUGGGGAGGGUAUUGGUGAUAUGGUCUCUCCUGAUCCGAAAAAAGUUUCGGACAUUGUAACCGAUGUCUGUUCAACAGAUUUGGCUCUUGGUAGUUUAAAUAUUGGUCAAAAUAGUUUACCAUCGGAACCUAUUUUCCAAGGAUUCUAUAAAUGUCCGGAAAAUAGCAUAAGUGAAACAAAUUAUGUUCCUCUUGAUAUUGUUCAGUCUGUCACUUCUGAGAGAAUAUUUGAGUCUCCAAAAAGGCCUAGGGUUGAGGGCCUGAGUGUGGACGAUAUGAGAGUUGCGAAGGUUGCAGACAAUGGUUCUUCGAAUUUGGUACAGAUGGGAUUGAGGGGCUACAACGGUGAAGUUGGCAAGAUAAACAAGGUCCGUGGAACAACACCUCAUCCGAAUAAUAAAGAUUAUGGCUGUUUAUGUUACAAGCCACCCCAAUUGAAGGAUAUAGUUAUUCACAAGGAAAAUGGUGAAAAUUCAAGUGUUGACAACCGCCUGAAGCUUUCCGAAACUAAGUUUCGCUAUUCUACUCCCCCUGAACAUGCAACAAGUAUAUCCUUCGGUGAUAGCAGCCCAGAAUCCAUGCUAAGGAACUCAGCGAUGAGUUAUAAAAAUAUUCCUUCCAUUAUAAGGAAGAGGACUCCCAGAAAAGCUGGCUUGGCUAACUAUUCAGACUGUACCUGCAGUCCUGCACAGACAUUCCCGUGUAGUUAUGACAGCAAAUAUGUCAACAGAGCAGAUUUAAUAAUUGUCAGUCAGGGUUUACUUCCACAGAUUGAAAAAUCGGAAACCUCAGGUGCUGAUAAUUUUCUCGAAAGACGCCUGGAAUAUGCAUUUGAUGUGGAAUGGGAUUGUACACCUGUUGGAUAUUGCACCAUAGCUAGCGUCUUCAACUCCAUCACAAGUUAAUUUUGGUGCAAAUAUGAUGUUGACUCCUUAAGCCAUUUAAUUGGGCGAGUAACCCAAGUCAAAUAAUCUUUUCGACCCAACCUCACCUACAGUGUCUAUGAGAGCAAAGUUGCAUGCAUCAGAUCUCUCUUUUUACUAGCAUAGUCCAGUUACUUUUGAAAGUCUGUGACAGUGGAUUUUUGCCCUGGCCAAAAUGGGACAUUAUAUUUUAUUUC